AUGACAAUAGGGGGAAUGGAGAACGUGGAGGUCUUCACUUCUGAGGGCAAAGGCAGAGGUCUGAAGGCCACUAAGGAGUUCUGGGCUGCUGACGUCAUCUUUGCUGAGCGGGCUUAUUCCGCAGUGGUCUUUGACAGCCUUGUGAACGUUGUGUGCCACACUUGCUUCAAGAGGCAGGAGAAGCUCCACCGCUGCGGGCAGUGCAAGUUUGCCCAUUACUGUGACCGCACCUGCCAGAAGGAUGCUUGGCAGAACCACAAGAACGAGUGUUCGGCCAUCAAGAGAUACGGGAAGGUGCCCAAUGAGAACAUCAGGCUGGCGGCGCGCGUCCUGUGGCGGGUGGAGAGAGAGGGCGGCGGGCUCACGGAGGGCUGCCUGGUCCCCGUGGACGACCUGCAGAGCCACGUGGAACACUUCGGGGAGGAGGCGCUGAAAGAGCUGCGGGGGGACGUGGACACUUUCCUGCAGUACUGGCCGCCCCAGAGCCAGCAGUUCAGCAUGCAGUACAUCUCGCGGAUCUUCGGCGUGAUUAACUGCAAUGGUUUCACGCUCAGUGACCAGAGAGGCCUGCAGGCAGUGGGUGUGGGCAUCUUCCCCAACCUGGGCCUGGUGAACCAUGACUGUUGGCCCAACUGCACGGUCAUAUUUAACAACGGCAAUCAUGAGGCAGUGAAAUCCAUGUUUCACACCCAGAUGAGAAUUGAACUCCGGGCCCUGGGCAAGAUCUCAGAAGGAGAGGAGCUGACCGUGUCCUAUAUCGACUUCCUUAACGUCAGCGAAGAACGCAAGAAGCAGCUGAAGAAGCAGUACUACUUUGACUGUACGUGUGAGCACUGCCAGAAAGGGCUGAAGGACGACCUCUUCCUGGGUGUGAAAGACGACCCGAAGCCCUCUCAGGAGGUGGUGAAGGAGAUGAUACAGUUCUCCAAGGAUACGCUCGAAAACGUUGACAAGGCUCGCUCUGAGGGUUUGUACCACGAGGUUGUGAAGUUAUGCCGGGAGUGCCUCCAGAAGCAGGAGCCAGUGUUUGCCGACACCAACAUCUACACGCUGCGGCUGUUGAGCACCGUUUCCGAGGUCCUCUCCUACCUGCAGGCCUUUGAGGAGGCCUCACACUACGCCAGGAGGAUGGUGGAUGGCUAUAUGAAGCUGUAUCACCCCAACAAUGCCCAGCUGGGCAUGGCCAUCAUGCGGGCAGGGCUGACCAACUGGCAUGCUGGCAACAUUGAGGUGGGGCACGGCAUGAUCUGCAAAGCCUACGCCAUUCUCCUGGUGACACACGGACCCUCCCACCCCAUCACCAAGGACUUAGAGGCCAUGCGAAUGCAGACGGAGAUGGAGCUGCGCAUGUUCCGACAGAACGAGUUCAUGUACCACAAGAUGCGUGAGGCCGCCCUGAACAACCAGCCCAUGCAGGUCAUGGCUGAACCCAGCAAUGAGCCGGCGCCGGCUUUGUUCCACAAGAAGCAAUGAGGACCUGCCUGGUGGGAGAGGGGCGCCGUGGCUGGGGAACUGGGGAGACAUUCUGGAGGUGGUGGGUUUCUGGGGAGACCCUUGAUGAGGAAAUCAGCGUAACCCUCAGCCUUGUUGCCGCGGGAAUGUCCUACUCUUUUAUCCCAGUGUCAUUUCGGUUCAUUUCAACUCAGUUCAAUUCAAUUUAACCCUAUCCCAGACCAGUCCAACUCCUCCUACAAAUAUUUAUUGGGAUAAAUAUUUAUAGGGAUAAAGAAGCUCCAAAUGUAGCUGGAGAGGCAAAAUGUAAACAAUUAAAGCACAGUGUGAUAAUAAA